AGCUAUUCCACUACGUUGGAAUAUGGGAAGUCAGUAAUUCGGAGGGGUUCCUAUUUAAAUUGUCGGAUGGAAUGUAAAAUAUUGUAGAUUAAUGUUUGCAGCCCUGCCUGCCUCCCUCCCUCACAACCACCGAUGAACUGGGACACACAGCUGAGGUCCAUCCUCUCCACCACUGACGGCAAUCUGGCUCAAAUCCGGGAGAGAUUGAAUACGGCAGGAAGCUUCUUGAGAGGUUAUUUAUUUGGAUACUUGCCCCACGCUCUUCACAUGCUAGUACUGGAUGAGUUGGGUGACUCGCUGGACCUGAAGAGCUUACUGUAUCAGGAGCCCUCCCCCUCCCGCUCGUACCUGGAGCCCCUGCCCCCCAGGAUGGACAGGGGGGAUCUCGCAGGGGUACACACGAAGCUGGAGUCCCAGUCACGGGUGAUAGAGUCCCUCACUCGGGCGGUUCUGAGGCUGGAGAAGGACCGGGAGCUGCAGCAACACCGCAUACAGACACUAGAGGAGGAGGUGCGCAGGUUGCGGUCCCAUGGGGAGGAGGAGAGGCGGAGGAGCCCAGAGCGGGGGCUGGAGGGGAGAGUGGAGGAGUGGAAGAGGGAGGUGACCACUGAGCUGUACAGCCUGAGAGGUCAGCUACAGAGAGAGGCAGAGAGAGCCGGCAGCCAGGGGCAGCAAAAGAUACAGGACAGCAAGAAGCUGCUGCGUGAGGAGUGCGAGAUGCUGAGGAGAGAGGUUGAUCACAUUAAACUGCAGCUGAGGAGGCAGGAGGAUGAGCUUUUGAACAAGGGUUCUGAAACCAGGGAGAUGAAACGAUCGCUGGAGAGGAACAGCAAGACCCUGGAAGGGCUGACAGACGGGCACCGGUCUCACUCUGUAGACCUGAGUAAAGUGCUCUCUAAUCACCACUACACUGAGCAGGAGUUCAAACACAUCAGAUCGUCAGUCAUGGAUCUGAAGGAAGAAGUGAGAAGCCUGAAGCGGAGUGUUGGCAGACUGGAUCAGAGCAGCACGCUGACAGCGAGGACGGGACUCUGUAGCAGCCGUGUUCAGGGCAGCCACAGGACCAGACGAGCAGGGGAGCCCCAUCCUGAGCCGCUAGACCAGGACUCUGACCUGGAGCUCAGCCCCAGCCCCAGCCUGGGGGACAUCAGCUCUGACGACCUGUCCUCCCUCCCGGACCUGCACAGCCGAACACGCUGCACAGCAGAGUCCAAGUAUGCCACCGGACUAAGCUCUGAGCUGGAAGGAAGUGACAGCAGUGAAACGGGAAGUGACCUGAGAGAUGACGGUGAUGUUGCCAGCUUUGCUGCUAAUCUGGACGAGUUAUCAGACAGCCCCUGUGAACUUAACCUCAGUGACCUUUAGCCUCUCAUUGACAUGACUUGAGUCUCAGAGGACAAUGUGGAGUGGCUUCACGACCGUGCAGCAGGACUGUUCCAGCUGGAAGGAUCUGUUUAUUCUGACUGGGGGUGUGUGUGUAAAUGCUUGUGGGGGAGGAGGUCCAGCCACCGGGCCUCAUGACUGCUCCUGCGUCCUGUUGCUGUGCUCACAGAGAGCCGAGGGUUGGGGGUGGCACAGCCUUAUUUUGGGGUAUUUUCACAGCAAAACACACACACUGAGUCACUUCAGAAACAGUCCCUGGAAUAGAUAGUCUGUUGUGUUCGUUGUCAUGUGGCUUUUUAUUUGACCUGCUGGCAUGUUCUGUUCUGUUUUGGUUUUCUUCCUGCAAGCGGGGACCCAUUGAAAAACUAAAAUAAAAACAGAAGCACA